AUGUAUUUUGUCAAAUUCCACGGGAAUGCCUUCGGGCAGCGAGUCCGACAGCAAGUUCGUGCGCACACAAAUGCUACAAUUCAGUCCGACUGGUCCACGUCGUCGCCUCCCAGACCUCGCUAUUGCCUGUUGUUGUACAGCCAACCCUGGUGCCGGCCGCGCCGCAGCCUUUCGCCUGAGACCUCGCCUGAACUCGUCCUGCCCGCGUCAGCGGCGCCGCCUGCUUUUGGCAGAGGCAAACGUGCCCACAAGCGAACGACGACGCUAGUUCAAUCUCCCUUCCACCAUCGCCAUCAUAUUUGGUCCAUCUACUUGAUCUUCUUGGCCUUCAACCGGAUAGUCUCGUCAUUCACAAAGACCCCUUCGCCCUUGUCAGGGCUCGGGUUUCCUCCACCGCCGAAUCUCCGCAGCGAACUGCUUAAUGGCCUGCUCGUCGCACCCCCGAGCAAGAUCCGGGUGGGUUGUGGAGUCGAGGCCUCGACGCCCCUGGGCACGCCCAUCUCGACCGGGUACGCGUAUCCGAGCCUUCAAAUUCACAACUCUCUGGCCGGAGUAUAG